AUGCAGCCCAGCCUGCCAACUUGCACGCUACGUCGCUACCACCGCCCUGCCUGCAUGGGGGGCGUCGUGGCCGAUCUUAAGCGUUGCCUUGGUGGAGACGCGAUGCGUGAUGGGCGACAACGUUGCAACCUAACCAAGAGCCGGCCGCGGAUCCAGCUCGUAUUCUCCUUGGGUUGGCUGGUGGGAUGUAUGUGGUGGGUGAUAGAAGCCUGCGUCGCUCUCGCUGCACCCCGAUAUUGUCGAUCAGCAACCCGUUGUCGUCGACCUCCGUCUUUUGAUAAAGCCCCCGUCGCCGUGCUGAGCGAGACCUUGCUCUCCCCUCCUCCCUUCCUCUCCUCACCCACGGUCGCUACGAUUAACCUCGUCCCUCGCUCUGAACCUCCCAAGUCGACUUUCAUAGUCACAGUCAUUCGCUUCCGAAGAACAAUCACAAGCAUAGUCAAUAUGCGCGGUAUCUACAUGGGACUGGCUGCCAUGGCCAUGGCGUCAGUCAACGCCUGGGAGUACCCCUACUGCGAGCUCGACGGAUGCUACCGCAACCUCAUUGACGAGCGUUUCGAGCAGGAGGCCAAGGGCUUCUGUGUAGGCUUCCUGCAAGGCACCACUACCGUUGCCGCCGCUAUUCCUACCAACUUCAACAACUGCCAGGGCGACUUCAAGGCCGUUUCAUCAGCCUGUUCCUGCAUUACAUAUGGCCUGACCAGCACUGUCCCUGCCACCACGAGCACGUCGAGCACCUCUCCACCGUUGACCACCGUUAGCACGACCGGUGCUGUCUCGACGACAACAAGCACUUCCAAGGAGCAGCCCCCAACCACGCCGGUUACCCCAUGCACCUCGUCGACCGCUGUCAGCAGCACCAAGGAGCAUCCGCCAACCACCACCGCUUCGUCAAGCACCUCAUCAACCGCGGUCAGCAGCACCAAGGACAUCACCACCUCCACCACCAAAGUCUACAACACCACGACGCCUGCUACAGAUGACUGCACGACCUCCACUGCCAUUAGCAGCACCAAGGAUGUCGUCACCUCCACCAGCAAGGUCGUGAGCACCACCAAGAAUUACAACACCACGACGCCUGCCACGGAGGACUGCACCACUUCUACCGCUGUCAGCAGCACCAAGGACGUCAUCACUUCCACCAGUAAGGUCGUGAGCACCACCAAGAAUUACAACACCACGACGCCUGCUACAGAUGACUGCACGACCUCCACUGCCAUUAGCAGCACCAAGGAUGUCGUCACCUCUACCAGCAAGGUCGUGAGCACCACCAAGAAUUACAACACCACGACGCCUGCCACAGAGGACUGCACCACUUCUACCGCUGUCAGCAGCACCAAAGGACACAACACGACCAAGAGCCACCACUCUCACUCUGUCGAGACCUCUACCCGCCUGCCUCUCACAACCAUCCCCUACGCCAACACAACGACUGAAAAGCCGCCUCACACAAGAACCACGACCACUAAGCUCACAACCAAGACCGUGUAUACUACUCGUGUCGAGACCGUGACCCAGUGUCCUUCCACCGUGACCAACUGCCCACACAGGCCUGUCACCACCACCCGGACGAUCGCCAUCUCGACCACCGUUUGCCCUGUGACCGAGGAGUCUACCAAGCCCGUCACGACCGUCCCGACGACAAAGCUGACCACCUCCACCAUCUACACGACCCGCGUUGAGACCAUCACCAGGUGUCCGCCCUCGGUUCCGGACUGCCCCGACAGACCUCACGUCACCACCAAGACUAUUGCCGUGUCCACGACUGUGUGCCCCGUCACCGAGGAAUCGAUCAACCCUGUGCCCACGCCUCCCGCCACCAAGCCAACCUCUUGGACCACCUCGACCAUCUACACCACAAAGGUCCAUACCGUUACUGCUUGCCACGGUAACAUUACCAACUGCGUCAUCACAUCUCGCAUCACCACUGUGACGAUCCCCGUCUCGACUACCAUCUGCCCCAUCACCGAGAGCGUGCCUCCCACCUUCACAACGGUUCUCCCCGUGCCUCCCAGCAAGCCUCCUGCCCCGCCUGUCGGAAGCCCCUCCGUGGAAACCCAUCCCAUCCCUCCCGCAAGCUCGCCCCUAGCUCCGCCUGCCAGCUCUCGCCCAGCCCCUCCCCCGGGAACUAAUCCCUUCCCUCCUGCGAGCAGUCGACCAGUACCUCCUCCGGCUACACAGCCCGCUCCUCCGACUAGCAACCAGCCUGUCCGUCCUACUGGCACCCCUCCAGUCGCCACAACGCCGGUCGCCACUCCCACAAGGACCACAAACACCCCUGUGCUGGUCAGUGGCAAUGCAGCUGAUCAUCUCAACUCCGGCUUUUUUGCUGCCGCUGCUGGUGUUGUUGUUGCAGCACUUCUCUAA